AUGGAAAAAGAAAAAUAUGAGAUUGGCCUCAAUGGAGAGAAAAGAUGGGGGAUGGGGAACAACAUUACCAUAUCGUUCAACAAUCCAUUUGACAAAUCUCAAGAAAUAGUCCUUUACCCAGAGAUUGGAACGAGACAACGUCCAUCACAAGACGGAGGAGAAGGUGUUAGUCCAAACAACUUGGAAAAUAAUCAAGAUGAAGCAUUAUCAGCUCAGGACGGAAUGGUUUCACAGCUAACAACAGAUAACCUUCAGACGUUCCAAAAUAAAGAGAACGAUAAAUCCUUCCAAAUUGACAAACACAUGCAUAUUUGUAACGAGGAAACAUGUUUUGUCGUUGAAGAAAACAAGGGGAACAAACAAUCUAAGAAAUGGUGGAGGAGGUUUCUUAAAAACAAAAUAAGCCCAAAAGAAACACCCAAUCAAGAGACACCUUCCGUUGAUAGUACUCUGAAAGAGCCUUCAUCUUCCGUGGAGGAAACCGAGCUAUCAAGUCCUCCGGGUUCUUCUCCGGAAACCAUUGAAAAGAGAGGAGUGUUGAAAUAUUACAACAACAAAUACCAGGCAUCAUCGAGCAAGAAGACAACAGAUGUUGUAUUGCCCAGCAGACGAAAUCUCACGAAUGCCUCAAAAUAUACAAUGAAGAUCAAUCAGAAUCUUCCCAGUUCAUCUCGUCAAAGAUACAAUAAUUUUAGUUACAAUUUAAGAGAACUACCAUCAAAUAGACAAAAAACAGUCGAUAAUUCUGGGAAACACAUCAGAGGAAAUGAUCAAAAGCCUCCUCUACCAUCAAAUCAGAAUAACAGCAAAUACAAGAGAGAACCACCAAAACAGGCAGCAAAGCCACCAAGAGGGGUGAGGAAGAAUUAUAGAUUUGGACAGAACAUCACAGAGCAACGGCCACUACCAUCUCAGCAAAAUGCCAAUAAAUACACAAGAGGGACUUUAAAACCACUUAGUUAUCAGGAACCAAUGCCACCAAAAGGAAAAAGAGAAAACCAUAAAUCUGGUCAGAAUACAAGAAAAAAUAACCAAGAGCCUCCUCCACUACCAUCUAAUCAGAACUCCAGAAAACAAGGAAAGAAACCACCAAGUAAUUGUGUAAGAAGCAACGUAGAUUGCAAUAGACGUAAACAUCCAUUUAAUGAAUUUCUUUUUAGACCAUCAUUAUGGUCACGAGCUCUUCAACCAAAUAUAAUUCGAGUACCAAACAGUCGAACAUCUAUUCCUGGUACAUCACUUGAAGAGGAAUCAAGAUAUAAUCAUGUUAAAACAUGGGUACUCUCUGUCCAAGAACAUUUCAGAACGCAAGAUUAA